CGCGACCGCUGAGGAGCCCGGCGCCAUGUUGGCCCGGAGGGGUACCAGGGGAAGCGCUUGAGGCGGCGGGCUCGGAGCGGAGCGGGGGCCGACAGGGCCGGCCGGCAGGAGCCCGCCCCUCGCGCCUUCGGAUCAUGAGCCGAGCAGAGGCCACCGAGGUAGCGGUGGCGGGGCAGGUGCCCUGGCGGCGCGGGAGCUAGAGAUGAUGCCAUUUGCGGUGACCACCCAAGGAGCACAACAACCGGCUCCCGCCCCGAAGCAGUACGGCAUAUCGUCCCCCAUCAGCCUGGCCGCCCCCAAGGACACAGACCGCGAACUCACCCAGAAGCUGAUCGAGACCCUCCAGCCCUUCGGGGUGUUUGAAGAGGAAGAGGAACUGCAGCGCAGGAUUUUAAUUUUGCAGAAAUUAAAUAAUCUGGUGAAGGAAUGGAUCCGAGAAAUCAGUGAAAGCAGGAAUCUUCCACAAGCUGUAAUUGAGAAUGUUGGGGGGAAAAUUUUUACGUUCGGCUCUUACCGACUAGGAGUACACACGAAAGGUGCAGAUAUCGAUGCGUUGUGCGUUGCACCAAGACACGUGGAUCGAAAUGACUUUUUCACCUCCUUCUAUGACAAAUUGAAACUACAGGAGGAAGUAAAAGAUUUAAGAGCGGUUGAGGAGGCCUUUGUGCCGGUUAUCAAACUGUGUUUUGAUGGAAUAGAGAUUGAUAUUUUGUUUGCAAGAUUAGCAUUGCAGACUAUUCCGGAAGAUUUGGACCUACGAGAUGAUAGUCUGCUUAAAAAUUUAGAUAUUAGGUGCAUAAGAAGCCUUAAUGGUUGCCGGGUAACUGAUGAAAUUUUACACCUAGUACCAAACAUUGACAGCUUCAGGUUAACACUGAGAGCCAUCAAAUUAUGGGCCAAAUGCCACAACAUCUAUUCCAAUAUAUUGGGUUUCCUUGGAGGUGUUUCCUGGGCUAUGCUGGUAGCAAGAACUUGCCAGCUUUAUCCAAAUGCAAUAGCAUCCACUCUUGUACGAAAAUUUUUCUUGGUAUUUUCUGAGUGGGAAUGGCCAAAUCCAGUCUUGUUAAAAGAACCAGAAGAACGAAAUCUUAACUUGCCUGUAUGGGACCCAAGAGUGAAUCCUAGUGACAGGUACCAUCUUAUGCCUAUAAUUACACCAGCAUACCCACAGCAGAACUCCACAUACAAUGUGUCUGUGUCAACCAGGAUGGUCAUGAUUGAGGAGUUUAAGCAAGGGCUUGCUAUCACACAUGAAAUUCUGCUGAAUAAGGCAGAAUGGUCCAAACUUUUUGAAGCUCCAAGCUUUUUUCAGAAAUAUAAGCAUUAUAUUGUACUACUGGCAAGUGCACCAACAGAGAAACAACAUUUAGAGUGGGUGGGCUUGGUGGAAUCAAAGAUCCGAAUCCUGGUUGGGAGCCUGGAAAAGAAUGAAUUCAUUACUCUGGCACAUGUGAAUCCCCAGUCAUUUCCAGCACCUAAAGAAAAUGUUGACAAAGAAGAAUUUCGUACUAUGUGGGUGAUUGGGUUAGUGUUGAAAAAGCCAGAAAAUUCUGAAAUUCUCAGUAUUGAUCUCACUUAUGAUAUUCAGUCUUUCACAGAUACAGUGUACAGACAAGCAAUAAAUAGUAAGAUGUUUGAGAUGGAUAUGAAGAUUGCUGCAAUGCAUCUAAGAAGAAAGGAACUUCAUCAGCUACUUCCAAAUCAUGUUCUUCAGAAAAAGGAAACACAUUUAACAGAAGGUGUAAGAUUGACAGCUGUGAAUGAUAGCAGCCUUCUCUUGUCUAUAGACAGUGAAAACAGCAUGACUGCACCUUCACCUACUGGCACUAUAAAGACAGGCCCACUGACUGCAAACCCUCAGGGCAGAAACAGUCCUGCUCUGGCUGUUAUGGCAGCAUCCGUGACCAACAUACAGUUUCCUGACGUUUCCUUGCAGCACGUGAACCCCAUAGAAAGUUCAGGGAUUGCACUGAGUGAAAGCAUUGCUCAGAUUCCCUCACAGCCGACCAUCUCACCACCACCUAAGCCUACCAUGACCAGAGUUGUUUCUUCGACACAUCUGGUAAACCAUCCAUCUAGACCUUCAGGAAAUACAGCAACAAACAUACCCAAUCCUAUACUAGGAGUCUAGAAGACAUUCUCACCUGAUAAGAAAGGAACAAGAAACCCAACAGAAGGGAAGGAACCAGAUAGACGAGUCCAGCUUAGACACUACUCAGACAGCAGCUUCUCUGUUGGCCUCUCAGGAAACACCUGGGAACAGAUAAGCCCGGUAUCCCUGUUUUUCCUAGAGAUCCUAUUCCUUUAAUUGAGAGUUCAAUAAAACAGAUUGAAUGGAUAGAAACCA